UAAGGAAAGCGGGCAGCCAUGGAAUUCGUCUCCUUCUUGGCGUCGCUGGGGGUGUACUUCCUCGUCUUCGCCGAGUUGAUGCUUGUGUUCUCUUGGUUACAGACGAAACCAUGCAACAGGUUAACAAAAUCUGGAAGGUGAAAGAAGAAUGCAGGAAGAAGCUUGCUCGUGCUGAAGGAGUGCUUGCAGAGUCCGGCAGGGGGAACACCUACAGAACUGGCUUCCUGGGUGUUGUGAGCGCAAAAUUGGAUCCCAUCGAUCACUGUAACAAGAAGAUAAAGGAACUGCUUCCCAAGUUCGAAGCUGAACAACAGAUCACUCUCAGAGAGAAACAAGAAGCUGCAGCCCUGGUCUUCUUCAACAGCAGGGUUGCUGCAGUUUUUGCCUCCCAAACCAUUCAUGCGCAGAAGACCGGUACAUGGACUGUGACUGAAGCUGCUGAGCCACGCCAGUUGCUCCGGGCAAAUCUGCCGAAGAACUGCAGCCAGAUACAGACAAGAUAAUCUGUUAUACAUGGGAUUGUCUUCCUCACAGUACGCUUCUUCAUGAUUCCAGUUGCAAUCGUCGGCUUGUUUAACUACAAUUGUCCAGCAGCGGUAUGGGCAGGUCUGGGGGCUUUCCUAUCCAAGAAAGAGGGGCUCCCUUCUGAAAGCCAAGCAGUAAGAGCUGGCAUCAAGAAGUAUUUAUACUUCGUUGUGUUCGAUGUCUUCCUUGGAUUUAGAGUAUGGGGGACGUUUUUAGAUGCUCUGCAGGGCUUCAUCGAUCAACCUUCUGACCAGUUUAUGCCAUUGCUCGGGUUGACCGUGCCCAGAAAUUCCAACUUCUUCAUCACAUUUAUUUC